AUGCCCGCAGCGCAACGUCCCUCAGCACCCUGUGUGCAGGUGACACCGGAAAUCUCGAUCCAGCCCCCGCUCUCUCGGCGGGGAACCGGCCCGGGCCUGGUGUUGCUGGUCCCGAAAGAGCUCAACUUGGACCGCAACGACGAGAUCCUCGAUCCUCCGCCACGACAGAAAUGGGCGGAGGAGGGGUUUGCUGUUGUCCAAAUACUGGUUGAUGAGGAAACGGGGAGUAUUACGGAGCGACUGGGCACCGCGAUUGCUGAGUUAAAGUGUUUGCCGGAGCGUGAGGGUGACAGGUUUGGUUUAGUUGUCAUCCCUGGCCGGGGCACAUCCGGUCACACACUCUUGGAAGGUGUCAGGGCUAACCAGAACAUUGUGGGCGUGGUGUUCUAUGGUGCUCAUCCUGACAUCACAUUCCCCAUUCCCGUUCUCGCCCACCUCCCCGCCAACGUGGAACGCAAGGGUUCCAACGAAGGACUCAAAGUUUACACCUACCCUGGAGCAGCACGGUUCUUCAUCAUCCCAACGCAAGAGGACUACCACGGAAGCGCUGCCGGUGUCGCACAUACCCGCUCGCUGACCUUCCUGAAGCCCCUGAUGGGAGGGCCGUAUUUCGACUUGGAGGCAAUCUGGGAGGAGCACACCCGCUACGAAUUUGCAGACCGCAGCGUGGAAGAGACCAUGGCUACCAUGGUCGACGAGCCUUAUGUCAACCACGUACCGACCCUCACAGGUGGGAUCGGAAGGGCAAAGUUAACGGAAUUUUAUCGCAAUCAUUUUGUCUUUAGUAACCCCGAGGAUACGGGCCUGGAGCUGAUCAGCCGAACCGUCGGCGUCGACCGAAUCGUGGACGAGUUUCUGUUCAAUUGCACCCACGAUCGGGUCAUUGACUGGUUGGUUCCCGGAAUCCCACCAACCUUCAAACCGUUGAGCAUCCCGUUCACAGCCAUUGUCAACAUCCGCGGCGACCGACUCUUCCACGAGCACAUUGCCUGGGAUCAGGGUACGGUGCUUCGCCAGCUCGGGCUGCUCCCGGAGUAUUUGCCCUUUCCUUAUGCACUCCCAGGGGGGGUUGAGCUAGGUCAGGGCAAGGGGGCCGAGUAUCGCGUUCCGGUAGCGGGCGUGGAAACGGCAAGGAAGCUGAUCGAUGAGAACGCUUUGGCUUCAAACGAAAUGAUUGGAUUUGCUGUCAGAGAGUCCCCUAUCUCGGAGUAA